CCGGGCUCCCGCACCGCCAGCCGCGAAGGUUCCGAAGGUUCCAGAAGGUUCCAGAAGGGCCAGGCAGUGCUGGAGAUGUCGGUCUUCCUUGCUCUUCUCCUGGUCUCGGGCCUGCCUUGGGUGGAGAUGAACGUCACAGUGAUUGGGAGACAGAAGGCCCUGAACUGUCACGUCUGUGAGAGAGAAAAUGACUUCGGAUGUGUAAACCCCAGAGACUGCCCCGCAAACACUGAAUUCUGUUCCACUGCGGCCGUGAGGUUGUUUCCGCGCUUCUUCUAUGUGUCAAAGCAGUGCUCCAAGUACUGCCCUGUGUUUGCAUCGUCCUCGGCCGCAGCCGACAAGUCCUUCGUCCUGGAGAAGCCCACGCCCUUCAUCUACGUGCGCUGCUGUCAGGGUCACCUGUGCAACUCCGAGUCUCUGAACGCCACGGAGUACGUGGAGUUCAGGGAGGCCGGACGGGCCUGGGAGGGGCGCAGCGGCCGUGCUGGGCUGGCCCUGUCCCUGGCGCUCAGCUCUGUGUCCCCGGGCCUCGGGCUGUCCUGAGCUGCACGUGGGCCAGGGCCUCUGGCACUGAGCACGUGAGGCCGCCUGGCCCAGGCUGGGGGAGG